CCGGCUGCACCAUGGGUCGGGCGCUUACCAUUUCGUCCUCUCGCCUGCUCGAUCGAUCACGUGAUCAUCAUUCAUUCACCUCCUCCGCCUCUCCGCUUUGCUUUGCCCCCCUGUUCUGCUCGGCUACAGAAACCUGCUGUUCGCCGGCCCUGAGGCAAGGUGAGCCCAACCUCCGAACGGCAUUGGACUGACUGACUGAUCCUCUCCGAGCCGUACGUAAAACCUACUGUAGGUUGGUUGGUUCGUUGGCGGCGGUGGCGCCGUCGGUCUGGACUCUGGACUCUGGACAGCAUUUUUUUUUUGCGGGGCAGCUCCAAUUGACCGUCUCUGCUUUUCCGAAUUCGGUAGGAUUCGCGAGGAAGGGGGUUUCCGGAGGAGCCACCGGAGCGCCAGCGAUACCCUGCCUUGGCGUCACGCAGAUGGAGCAGUCACCAAGCGCGUGAAGGACGAAGUGGCCGACUCACUGGACCCGCCGCCGGCCGUGGAGCCUCGCACUGUCCAGAUGAGCAGAGAGGAGCAAUUCGUGUGGCCGUGGAUGGGGGUGCUGGCCAACGUGCCCACGGAGUGGAGAGGCGGGCGGCAGAUCGGGGAGAGCGGGAACCGGCUCAAGGAGCGGCUCGCCGCCUUCUGCCCGCACAAGGUCGUCCCUUUGUGGAGCCACAGAGGCCACACGGGGAACGCCAUCGUCGAGUUCGGGAAGGACUACGCCUCUCUCCGCAACGCCUUCAGCUUCGAAAACCACUUCGAGGCGCAGGGCCACGGCAGACGGGGCUGGGAGGCGAGCAGGUGCCGAGGUGGGCCGAAGAUGUUCGGGUGGGUUGCCAGGGCCGACGAUCGACGGACGCCGGGGCUGGUCGUGGAGUACCUGCAGAGGAAUGCCGACGUGAAGUCUGUUGCAGAGCUUGAGAGCGAGGGGACGCGCAAGACUGACAAGCUGGUGGCCAAUUUGGCCAGCCAGAUUGAUGUGAAGGCCAAGCAUGCCCAGGAGCUCGAAUCUAAGUACAGUGUGAAGACGACCUCACUUGAGAACGUGAUGGAGGAAAGGGAACUCAUCUUCCAGAGAUACAGCGAUGAACAACAUAGAUGCAUUCCUCUGCUUUCAACUUUCAGUUAUUUAGUGCCUUCUGAACUUGCAUUGUCACCAGAAAUCCACAAGAUGCAGCAACUUGCUGUUUAUAUGCUCUAUGACACUACGGAGAAUCAGAAGGUCCGUUCGGAGCUGGAUUGCAAGAUGCAGGAUCUUGAGCUCAAAUCCAAGAAGCUUGAUGAGCUUGCUGUGCGUAGCGAAUCUGACAGAAGGAAUCUAGAGAAGGAGAAGGAAAAGGCGUGUCUUGCUUUGAUUGUAGCACACAUAAACAGUUUUCGUUCGCCGUGUUUUUGCUGUACUUUGGCUCAGACAGCAUCUGGAGAGUAUGAAUGCUUUGCCAGCACAAGGUCGUGGGCGCCAAGUUCUGAGGAAAUCCUCCAUGAGGACGACGAGAAGCUGCGGGAGCUGAAGGAGAAGUACCGCGAGGAGGUGUACGCCCUGGUGAGGAAGGCGCUGCUGGAGGUGCACGAGUACAACCCGAGCGGGCGCUACUCGGUGCCGGAGCUGUGGAUCUUCAAGGAGAACCGGAAGGCGACGCUCAGGGAGGUGGUGGAGUUCAUCCUCAAGCAGUGGCGCGCACUCAAGAAGAGGAAGCGCUGAGCCGAGCAUGCUGCUGCGACUGAAGCAGAGUAGUGAACUACUGAACCUUGAGCAGCUGCUGCUGCACUGAUGUCCCCUAUUGUCGUCUGAUGAACAGUUUAGACCUGAUUGUGACUGAAGCAGAGCAGUGAACUGAACCUUGACCUGCUGCGCUGA